CUGUGAUAGAAGUUUAAUCAACGGCCUGUUAUAGGUUUACACUCUUUUCUCCUUCUCCAAAUACAAGAAAUCUUCAAAAGUCCCAAUAUUUUAAUCUCCAUAAAUGAAAUAAAAAUAAUUAAAUUUCUACAAAAAUCAUCAAUCGAUUGAUCAAUUUACUCUUCAAUACGUCAAUUUUUUCCCAGGAAUUGUAUAAUUUUGAAGUUCUUUUUGGGACCCAAUUGAUUCGGGAUUGAGGAGUAGUUGAUUGAUUGUUUGGUGAGUUGAACUGUGAAUAUUUUUGCUGCAACCAAUUCCUGUGCAAAAUUGAAAAUGUUUAAGCGAUUACUUGGAAAACCCAAACAAGAAACAAAUGCUCUAGCAACAUUAGACAAGUUAAAUGAGACGCUUGAAAUGCUUGAGAAAAAGGAGUCAGUUUUAUUGAAGAAGGCUACUGCUGAGGUUGAAAGAGCAAAGGAAUUUACUAGAGCAAAAAACAAAAGGGCUGCAAUACAAUGUUUGAAAAGAAAAAGGCUCUAUGAACAGCAAGUCGAACAGCUUGGAAAUUUCCAAUUGCGUAUCCAUGAUCAGAUGAUACUGCUCGAAGGUGCAAAAGCCACAACAGAAACCGUUGAUGCUCUUAGAACUGGAGCAGCUGCAAUGAAAGCCAUGCAGAAGGCAACGAACAUUGACGAUGUUGACAAAACAAUGGAUGAAAUUAAUGAGCAGACUGAGAACAUGAAAAUGAUUCAGGAAGCAUUGUCUACACCAAUUGGUGCAGCCGCUGAUUUUGAUGAAGAUGAGUUAGAGGCAGAACUUGAAGAACUGGAAGGAGCUGAGUUGGAGGAACAACUCCUUCAGCCUGCUACUGCUGCCCCUUCUGCACCUAUUCAUAUGCCUGCUGGUAGGCAACAAGUGCGUCCUGCUGCCCAACACAGCAGAACGGAAGAAGAUGAACUUGCUGCUUUGCAGGCUGAAAUGGCUCUUUGACGAGGUCAUUUUCUUGUUCUCUAUUUCUUGUGAUUACGGUGAUAAUCGCCGAAUAAAGAAUGCUGUAAAGAUCAAAUGUACUCUCUUUGAAUUCUUGAUGUGCUGCAAUGCAGCCUUAGCUUACAAGUAUAACUGUAUAGAUUGCAGGAGUUGAUUUAUUAUUUCUUGUGAAAGUUGAAAUGGGAAGAGUUUUGCUACUUUUACAUGAAAUUUCAUUGUUUAAAUUGUACAAAAUAUCUCUUCUAUCAACAUUGAAGUGCAUUUUUUGUGUUUAAAUUAGUUCAUUUACAUCUCA